CCCACGAAAUAAUAAUAAUAAUAAUAAUUUGAAAUAAAUAAAUAAAAUGUUUGACGGAAGUGGGCCUGAAUCAACCUCGUUGCGGAUUGGCCAUCAUCACUCAUCAGGCUGCGUGUCUAUAUUAUAAAGCAACGACCCAUCCAUCAUCACCGAUCCAUUCCUGAUUCAUCCCUGGCACCAUCGCGCAUUACUCCCCAAAUAAAAAGCCAAAAAAAAGGGUCACAGAGAUCCAUCCAUCUCCAUCGCCAUCGCCAUCGCCGUCGAUGGCGGCGGAAGAGAAGUGGACCGUGAUAUUCACAUAUGGUACCUUGAAGCGCGGCUUCUCCAACCACGUCCUCAUGCAAGACCUCAUCCUCGCCGGCAACGCCAUCUAUCUCGGCCACGCCAUCACCGUCACACCUCUCCCUCUCGUCUGCGGUCCCUACAGUGUCCCCUUCCUCCUCAACCUCCCCGGUGCCGGCGAUAAAGUCCGAGGUGAGCUCUAUUCCGUCUCUCCCCGAGCCCUGAUUCGUCUGGACGAAUUGGAGGGCACUCUCCGCGGCCACUACGAGCGUUUACCAAUCUCCAUCCGUGAGGAGGUCCAAGGAAGAGAAGGAGAAGGAGAAAUCGUGAAGGCGGAGGCGUACUACGCUCAUCGGAGCUACGCGGAACAGCUAUGGAGCCGGAACGGGAUGAAGGGUUUGUGCUGUUAUUCCGAGAAGGAGGUGUUGGACUACGUUAAGCGCAAGGAUCGCCCGCAGGACAUCACAUUUCUUGAUCAGAUACGCAUCUUCAUCGCCUCUUCUGCCAACUAGCUUUCGUCGUACUCUUUAGUAAUCUCCGUUUGUCCUCUUUUUUUAAUCUUUUUCAGACUUGUUUUUUUUUUAACUUUUUUUGAUCCAUGUUUUAUGUCAUCACGUAACUUAGAAAAAACACCAUUGGAUGUAUGUUUUCAAUCAA